AUGUCCGAGUCCCAGUACCCCGCUGCCGAAGACGCUCCUGCACCUCGACGGUCAGGUCGUGCCCGGAAGGUUGCACCAUAUGCGUACAUUGAAGAAUCUUCUAGUGACCCACUUGAAGGCAAGACCAAUACCAAGUCACGUUGCAAGGCGAAGAAGACGGCCGUUGCUGCUCGCGCUAGGGCCUCCAAGCCAACUCCAAAGGUGUCACCUAAACUACCUCGGAAGAGAGGUUUGGGAAAGCCAUCCAAAGCGGCCUCGAAGAAUUCUACAGAGUCCAUUGCCACCCAUCAAAAUUACACUGACUCGAGCCCGGAGCAUGAGUUAGGGAAUGCGGUGGUGGAGGAAACUAAAGAUCAUCGAAGCCAACAUGACGCCGCGCUCGCGCUACUCAUGCUCUCUCAGUCAUCAGUAGCGAAUGAACAGCUCAUACUCGGCGGUCUGAUUUCAGAUCAUGAUACUAUUGGCGAUCUCACGCCGUCAGCCGCGAACGAUUACAAAUUCCAGACCACCGCUAAGUCUGAACUAACAACCAAGCAGCUCGAUGCUUUAUUGAAGGUGCCGGCUCGACCAAAGAAGUUUCCACUUGACCUUGCGAGCGGGCAUUCCAUAAAGUUGAGCUACUACCAAAUUGGCAGCAUGCCAAAAGCAGGCUUGACAGAGAAGUUAGUGCGGGAGGCAGAGGCGCGACAUGCACUCGAGGUCAAAGGCUGGGACGAUGAUGGGGACGAGGCUUUACAGUGA